UAAGUAUAUAUUUUUGUACAAACACGUAUACAUGUACAUACAUAUUUAGGUAUUUGUUCGGAGUUAUUUAUUAGACGUUAGCGAACAAAGCAAAUACCAUAAUCUGGCGAAAGAAAAACAGACUUUAAGAUUGUAUAGGGAAAGCAAUAAGGAGAUAAGACAGAAAACCAAACGAAAACACAAAUGAAAACAUUCGAUCAGCCGGCUUUUGCAGGUGGCGCACUUGACUUCGUUUACUACGUUGCUCGUGCGGUCGUUUAUACUGGUGCGCCAGCGUAGCCCGUUCAAAAGUCAUCCGAGGCUUAUUAAACGAUAUCGCUUUCAGAUGCAGCUCAGUUUACUUUAAACACCGAUCAAAGACGGAAAGGCCAAAUUAUUAAAAGUUUUAAAAUAUUUUGAAGCCCUCUAGUUUAGUUUUGCAUAUAGUUCUUACUAAUAAUUUUACUUUGAAACCAAAAAAAAGGCAAAAAUGCAGCCAGUAAAAUUUUAUUUUAAUUUUUUGAAUCAGUCGAGUCGUGCAUUAUAUAUUUUAUUGGAAGCAUCGAAAAUACCUUUUGAAGCGAUACCUAUAUCAAUUCUUAAAGGUGAACAUUUAACUGGCGAGUUUCGUGAUAAAGUGAGUCAAUUCAAGUGCUUGCCCGUACUUAACGAUGAGAACUUAUCUUUGGUUGGGAGUAUCACUAUAUUUCGACAUCUAAAUCGAGAGAAAAUUGUGCCGGAGCAUUGGUAUCCACGACGCAAUUUUGGUCGCAGUCGUAUAGAUGAAUUCCUUGAAUGGCAACAGCGCAAUACCGCGAUGGCAUGCGGCAAUUACUUUCAACAAAAAUGGCUUUUACCUAUUUUAAACAAGACAUCUCCUGCCGACAAAAAUAUCAGUGUCUUAACAGAAUGUCUAAAUCAAAAUUUGAAGAGCUUUAAAAACCACUUUUUAACUAAAAAUAAGUUUGUCAUUGGUGAGAAUAUUUCUUAUGCUGAUCUGAUGGCAAUUUGCGAAAUCGAUCAAUCAAAAUUUAUAGGAUACGAUCCUUUCAAUCAUCAUCCAAAGUUGGGUAAAUGGUAUGACAGAGUAAGAGAAGAGUUGGGACCGUAUUAUAAGAAAGUAGCAAUUGAAUUAGAUAACAAAUUAAGAACUGCAGAAAAAAAGAUACCGGAAGUCAUGUAUCUUCAACAAUAAAUAAAGCUAUGUAUAUGAAAGACACAUAUACGCAUAUUGUUUAGGUUACUUAAAUUUUGUUAAAUACUAUUAAAUUUGUAUUUUAAUAUUUUUUGUUACAACUCUGAUGCUAGUCGACGACCGACUUGUUAAUUUUAUCGUUAUAAUUAGUUAUAAGAAAUAAGGAAUGUACUAUCAUACUUAUACUUGAAAUAACUAUAAGCAUUUUUUAAUAAAAAAAAUAUAAAUACAAUAUCUGAAUAUUUAACCAAUGAAA